ACUUUGCUAAUCUUAAUGUUGUUACAACAAUUUGUUUAUCAUAUUUUUCAAAGAUAUGUAUAUAACUUAACAUUUAACAAUAUAUUUGGUUUAUUAAAUUAAUAUUGACAAUUAUAAAUAAAAGAGUCGGCGACCAAAACAAAAAGAAAUAUUUAUUACCACUUUGUUCCAGAUUAUUCUACAUUGCUACCUUAUAUAAAUACCACACAUGCUUUCCACUUCACUCAUCAUCCCAAGCCCCGAUAUCCAUCUCUCUUACACACACACAAAACUUUCAGAAAUGGGCAAAGACGUUGAAGCCGGUGGUCAUGACUACAGCGCAAAAGAUUACGAAGACCCUCCACCGGCUGCUUUUAUUGACGCCGAGGAACUCACGAAAUGGUCUUUUUACAGAGCCAUCAUUGCUGAGUUCAUCGCCACCCUCUUGUUCCUUUACAUCACCGUCUUGACUGUCAUCGGCUACAAGUCUCAGACCGAUCCCGCCCACAGCUCCGACCAGUGCGGUGGCGUAGGAAUACUAGGCAUCGCUUGGGCCUUCGGUGGCAUGAUCUUCGUCCUCGUUUACUGCACCGCCGGCAUCUCCGGAGGACACAUUAACCCUGCGGUUACGUUUGGGUUGUUCUUGGCUAGGAAGGUGACACUCCCGAGGGCAGUGAUGUACAUCAUUGCGCAAUGCUUGGGGGCUAUCUGCGGUUGUGGUCUUGUUAAAGCUUUCCAGAAGACUUACUAUAAUACUUAUGGUGGUGGCGCCAACGAGCUCGCCGACGGCUACAGUAAAGGCACCGGCUUGGGUGCUGAGAUCAUCGGGACAUUUGUGCUUGUAUACACCGUCUUCUCCGCCACUGAUCCCAAGAGAAAUGCACGCGAUUCCCAUGUCCCUGUGUUGGCACCUCUUCCUAUUGGAUUUGCUGUGUUCAUGGUUCACUUGGCAACAAUCCCAAUCACCGGCACCGGAAUCAACCCUGCUCGUAGUUUUGGCGCUGCCGUCAUGUAUGGAAAAGAUAAGGCAUGGGAUGAUCAAUGGAUAUUCUGGGUGGGACCGAUGAUCGGAGCCGCCAUCGCCGCCUUCUACCACCAAUACGUAUUGAGGGCAGCGGCUGUAAAAGCUCUUGGAUCCUUCAGGAGCAAUGCAUAGGGAAACAGAAUGAAGUUUGCAAUAUUUCCAAGAAAUUGUACAAAUUGGCUUGUGUUUUUUAUUGGUAUUUAGGGCCCAUAUUUUUUCAAUGUGCCCAAUAAGGCUCUUGACUAUGGUUUUCUGUAAAUUUGCUCCCUUUUGUUUUGAUGUAAUUGUUCAAAGGGUUUAUUUGCAAACCAAAUGCAAACAUACCAAGCAAAAUACAAAGAUACCAAGCAAAGGGGUUUUGUCAUCGACUUUCAUCUCUCUUUUGUCCUAUAGGUUGCAUAUGAAAAAAUUUGAUUUUUUCUAAUUUAAUUAUACUAUCUAAA